GGCUCCAGAAGACUUCUGAGUUCCUACAGUGAGCAAGAAAACCCAUCCAUCCAUCUUCUAUAAAGCUUGUCCUCAUUUGGGUCACAGGAGCAGAAAACCAGAAAAUCAAUUUUCAGGGGAGCCACUCUGUGCCACACUUUCUUUUUACGGGACUGUACGCUGCGGGUUCCUCCAGAUGCCUCGAAGGCAUCGAAAUGUGAAUGUACUGCUAGCAUUACAUCCAAACACUUCCUGCUUUGACUACGCUGACGUAACACACGCACACACGUGCUAUAUUAUGUUUGUUGUCAGCUAAUGAUAGCAAUUUCGUAAUUGUUGUUCGGCUCUCUGAGACCGGUUUACAUGUAUGUGAAUAUCAACAGAUUACUGUGGAAAAAUGUAGACAUUUUGGAGCGAGUUGCAUCCGAUCCCUUUUCAUAAACUUACUAUGGUCCAACCCUGACCUCUAGUGGCGUCACCUUGCCAUUACAUGAAGUAGCUCUGUUUGCAAGAUGAUGUUUUUAUUUUUAAUUAUUGUUGAACUGCUCAUUUUGCAUUCCAGUUUUUUCUGUCAAUGUUGCUAUCAUUGAAAUAGGUCUUUUUUCGUGGUGUUAAGUAUGUUGUGUGUUUCGGUGGCUCAUUAGAGGAUUAUUUAAGAGUCGAACUGGCAAAACUUCAGAACCUCUGACAGUGAUGGCUGAGAUAAAGGUGAAGGAGAUAGUGAAUAUUUUAGCUCAUGGAGAGAGAGAGAGAGAGCUCAGUGGUUGAGGGAUGGGAUUAGACCGGUACACAGGAUUUGUGAGCGCUCCAGUCCAGGCUGCGCACGCACCACCCUCCUUGCGUGUGGACCGACGGCCACCUGAGACGAUUCGACCACGUUCUGCACAUCCUCAUCCCGCAGUCUGGAUCCGCACAGCUGUUUUCUUGUGUGGACAUGGCCGACGUUCCGCAGCUCGUCAAAAUCGGGAUUUCGCUUAAGAUGCUUCCCAGCAACACCGCCGUCUAUUUCAAAUCUGACGGCGCCAGGUUCGGGCAAACCCGGACCAUCAAGCUGCUGACCGGGUCCAAGUACAAGAUCGAGGUGGUGGUUAAACCCGGUGCGGUCGAGGCCACGUCGAUGAGCAUAGGGGGUGUUACCUUCGCUCUGGAACAGCAGUCCAAAGAUCCCCAGUCGGUCGUCUAUACAGCCCUCUACAACACUGAGGGGGUGACGCACACCAAGAGUGGGGAGAGGCAACCUGUUCAGAUAGAAAUACAGUUCACGGAGGCGGGCAUGUUUGAGACGGUGUGGCAGGUGAAGUACUACAACUACAACAAGCGGGACCACUGCCAGUGGGGGAACAGCUUCAACAGCAUCGAGUACGAGUGCAAACCCAACGACACGCGCACGCUCAUGUGGGUCAAUAAAGAGACGUUUAUGUGAGGGGUGGGGAGGUGGGUAAAAACCCACUGCGUGUGUGUGUUCCUACCAUGCCCCUUCCCAAACAAUUUGAGCCCUCUACCGAGUUUACCUGAAUAUAUAUUUCAUGUUCAAGUUGACUGAUGAUGUGUGUAAGGGUGAGUUCACACUUGUCGUGUUUGGUUGGGUUAAAAAGUGUGCCCCGAACAAGCGGACGGAGACCGCUUGAGAGAUGGGUCUCAGUCCGCUUGCAAAUGAAGUCUGGUGCAGUGUGGUUCACUUAAGUUCAAGUGUGAACGCUAAGCGGACCAAAGACUCAGAUCAGUGUUAACAUGGCAACACAAGUGCCAGAGAAAAUGCAUUGGAAGUAUUGUCCCUCUGUGUGUGUGUGUGUGUGUGUGUGUGUGUGUGUGGGUGUGUGUGUGUGAGAGAGAGAGAGACAACGCCGCUCUUAUCUGUUUGGAAUGUGUGAGUUAUGUAAAAUGUCAUAAAAGCUGCCCAAUCAAGUCAUUACUUUAUGCAUAUGUUCUUUACUGCACAACCUUUGGUCAAAAAUGCCAGCGGUGGGAGAAAGUCGAUGUUUUGCAGGUCUCAAGUCUUUAAUCUCAAAUCUCAACUAAAGACACAAGUCCGAGUCAAUUCUCAAAUGAAAUUAUCCUGGGUAGCAUGUUGACACAUCCCACUGUCAAUCACUGCCUCCUUGCCUCCAGAAGUCGGGAGUGCACAGAAAUGUAAGCCACACCCUUGUUGUUUGUUCUUAAACCUGAUUGGACAUCAAUCGAUGCAUUCAAUGAGGCAGAUUCUGUGGAAAAAUUUGGUGUCUUGCUUGGAAUGACAUCGUCUCGUGAGUUGAAUACUUUGAAUGGGGACACGUUUUACUCAACACACCCACUGAAAAGCUCGAGUAUUUUCAAGCCGUCAGACUAAAGUUAAAAAGUCCAAGUCGAGUUGCAAGUCUUUGAUGAUAUUGUCGAGUCCAAAGUCAUCAAAAUUGUUUUGGUCCAUAGAAGAGUGCCGAAUCGCAAGUGUGAACACAGCCUCCGUGACAGAAGUAUGUGACUGUUUUAGGAUAGCACGCGUGUGUACUGUUUUUAUACUGUAAAUGGUGCUUUGUGUGUGUGUGGGGGGAAUGAAAUACCUCCACCAGGGAAGAUGGUCCACAGUAAAGUUAAACCCAAGAAACAAUAACUACUUUUCCAUCAAUACAUAUGCUUUUAUGUAUUCAGACAAGAGCUGUAUCCAAAAUUCUGCCUUCACAAAUAUAAUAAUGCUCAGUUUUUAAUUGUGGAUGUGGUUUUCAGCGGUGUACAACUGCACUGCAUCUUAUUGAGGGUUGUUUCCAAUAUUUUGGUUACGUUAUGUAGCUAUGUAGGGUGUAUUCUGUAAAACACAACUACCUCUCUUUGUUGUGAACAUGCUGUGUACCUACCUACACUUGCUGAUUCUGCAAUUGCCUGUUAAGUGAGCUAUAAAGGGUAAUGGAGUCCUACUUUUUACUGUGUUGCUUGACAGUUACUUAAUUGCGUUUUUAUCAUUACAGUAUAUUGUAUAUGCUGACAUAGGCGCAAGUCCAAUUGAACAAUCAACCCUCAACAAAGAGACAAUCAGGCCUCUCCCGGUUAUAAUGUUGCGUUAUGUUUUUGUAAAGCUAUUAUUAUGAUGAUGAAACGGCACAGUCAAGGUAGCGUCUUGCGUGAACUCGUGUGACCUGUGCCUGAAAAAAGAACCUACAAAAAUUGAACUAUUCUGUUUUGGGUCUCAGUUUGUUGGCACUGUUGUGAUGAUAUGCUCCUGUUGUUGGUGUUUAAGUUGUGUCUACCUCUUCCAAUGGAUGUAAUACUGUAUGAAAGGAUAGAAACAUGUUAAAUAUUCAGUUUUAACAUUCAGGGUUUUUUUCUAUUCUGUGUUGUAAAUGGUGUAUUUUUUGUACAAGUGAAAAUGAAUUGAAAUGUGUGUAUAUUUUGGACCGAUAUAUAUGUUCUGAUAUACUAUUUUCUUUGAAUCGACCUAUGCAAGAAAAAAAAAAUAAACACCUGA